AUGACUUCUAAUAAACCGGACCGUCGUUCUCCUUAUAACGUUACCUGGCAGCUGGAAGAGCAGGUCCGUUAUUUCGAAAAGUCAAACCCUCAGAAGAUGGCGACGCAGACAUACGAGAGAUUCAACAGCGAAGAGGUGACUGACAGCAUGUUGACUGCAGCCGCUCGAUUAUUUAGUGAGAACUACGGUAUCUGGGGUGUCGAUACCACAGGCUCAGCAAGCUCAGCAAGCUCAGCGAAGCCAGGUGAGAGAGUGAAACUCGGUAAGAAAAGGCUACGAGAUCAAUACCUACCAAGUGGAGCCGAUUGCUCGUACGUCAGAGUUGUCGUCAAUGGCGAAUUAGCUGGAAAUCUGUUCUCGUGCCGUUGGACUUGGAAGGAUCUCAGUAUUUGCUGGAUAACCCAGUUGGUGGUUCAUCGUGACUACCGUGAGCGUGGACUUGCCGUCGGGUUAUUGAAUCAGCUCAGACAGGAUGAUGACGAUUUUUAUGGAAUCAUGAGCUCUCAUCCGGCAGCAUGCUUGGCGGCUGCGAAAGUGUUUAGCAAUGGUAUCAACGCGGUCAAUCUUGAUACUAUCCGCGAAUUUGCAGAACCGAUUAUGAGAACGUCUCCGAUAGACUAUGUCAGGGACGCUCCGCUUGCCGGCAGGGCUUUUGAUGCGGAAGAUAAGAGCGGCCUCGGUUCCGCGGUCCAUACCCAGUUUUUCGUCGAUCAUGGCGAGCCCCUUCAAGCGCUUGCAUGGGUACGAGAAGUGAUGGAUUGGCCCCUUGGUGAUCUACUCGACGGGUACGAGUUCCUCUUGGUCCUUCCUGGCAGGAGGCGCCGUCGAUCGCGAUCUCGUUCUACUGAAUCUUCCGUUCGGAACAAGACAUUUUGA